AUGUAUGCCGAUAUGAUAUGUGAUGUUAUGCCACCCAUACCUGAAGACACUGGUGGGAAUGGCAAUCAUGGUGAUGGUACAGGAUCAGACAAUGGCGAAGAAGCUGAAGCUAAUAUCGAACAGUUAAUGGUAUCUAUGCUUGAAGAACGUGAUAAAUUACAAGAAAGACUACGUGAAACCGAAGAUACACUAAAUACGGCACAACAGAAAUUAAUUGAAACUGAAAAAGAACGUGAUGUGUUAUUUCGGCAAUUAUCGCAAAAUGCACCACAGAUUAAUUUAACUCAACACUUCGCUAUACAUUUCCAUCAAUCAACAUAA